AGACUGUAGCCAUCUUAUAUUAGCCUUUAUAGAGCUGAAAUCAGUUAAGAUAGGCUAUUUUAGAGCAUUAGAGUUUGACUUUUUUUCCAUCUUAGACUCUUUUGAGAAUGUUUUGAAAGCUAUGGACAGUCCUCUCUCCAUGAAAAUGCAUAUAUGACAUAUACACAACAUUCUUGAAACAGUUCAAGGAAGUUCAGAAUUUCCUGGUUAAAAGUCCUAUUUUGACCCUCUCCAAGGCAACGCUGACCAAUAGCAUGCUUUCCCAAGUUUAAUUUCGUAGUAAGGUUCAAGUGUCACACUUAGUAGGGAACAAUUUUUAGCAUUCCAGGGAAAUUUGGAGAGCUUUUCCUCUGUACAGAAGGGUUUAUACGGCACCCUGCUAAGACUUAGAAGGGCUGUGGUACUCUGUUUUUUUAGAGGUUUCAACACAUAGACGUCUUUCAGCAAUGCUCCUGACCAACUGUCAUUUUGGCGGGAGGCCUCACUCUGUUCUCCCAGGUAGCUUCUAACACAGACAUUGAGGAAUGCAGACAUGCAUUUCUGGACGAGAUAGCAGUAGAAAUGCAGUGUGAGGUGGAGAUGGGCCUAGAAGAAAAAGAUAUGAUUCUGGAAGGGACUCAGAAUGAGAGGCAGAUUCAGAGAAAACUCAGAGGGACACGGAGACCAAAAUAGAAGCGGAAACAUGCUGUUUAGAAACCCUCUUGUAAAUAGUCAAGAUAAACUUCAGUGAAGGAGGUGAGAUGAUUGAAAUAAAGGUGUAGGGGAAAGAGCACAGGCAUUGGCAUUAGACUGACCCAGUGCUCUGGGUGUGUACAUUCCAGGUUGAUUUACUUAACAGUGCUGAACCCCAAUUUCCUAACUAUAAUAUGGGUAUAGUAGUAGUACCUUCCUUAUAGGCUUCCUGAUAGAAUUUAAUGAAAUAAUGUGUGUAAAUUGCUUAACAUAGUACUCAGAAUACAGGAGGUGCUCAGUAAAUCCUAGGUCCCUUCUUCUAACUUCUAGUUUAAGGGGUCCUUCAUUUAACAGUUAGUGAAUACCUAGUAUGUGUGAGGCACUGCACUGUGAAUAAAAAUAUGAAAUAGCUGAUGCCCUUCAAGGAGCAGGGAGAGAUAGCUGGAGACACAGAUGUGUAAAUGAAAUAAAACAGAAUGUUCUAGAAGCCACGACUGAGGUGAUAAACAUGUAAAUGAAAGAACUCCUAGGUUUCUAGACUUGGAUGAUGUUAUCCACCAGAUAGGGAAAAUUGGAAGAGGAGCAAAUGUUUUGUUUUUUGGGAGGAGGGGAGAAUAACAAGUUCAUUUAUGGACAUGUUGAAUUUGAGCGUCUGAGGGAUAGCAGGUGAAGCUAUGAAAGGUAAUAUUCCUGCCUUGAGUGGAAGUUGGCAUCUGUCAUCUCGAAAGUCUCUUCCAAUUCUAAGAUUCUAUGAUAUAUGUGCAUUUUAAUUGUUUCACUUUUUCAUCUCUAUAGGUGAAUGCUGAUAGAUGUUAUAAGCUACAAAAUACUAGCCAACAAUUUUCAAGCACUUGUAAAUUGUAAAAUAAGAAUACCACAAGUCUCAUCUUUAAAAAAGUGGUUAUACAAACAUCUGAACUUAUCAAACGAACCGAGAGUGACUGUUUUACAAAAAGAUUUUUCACUUUUACGGCUCAGUUUCCUAUAGUUUCCAUUAAAUAGCUGGUUAGUUCAAUGCACUUAAAAGGUUUGAUUUAAAAACACCUUUUUGGGAUACAUCUAUUGUACUUAUGCACAAGGUAUAAUUGUACUCAAUAGGUUAAGUAUCCUGUGAGAGGGCUAUGCAGAUAUCACUGAUAGAUGACAAAAUCUGAGCAAAUAUCAAUGGCAGAAGCAAAUUUUCAAGCCCUGAUGAGGUUCUCCAAUGAUAGUGAGAUGAUGAACAAAAGCUACUCAAAAGCAAAAGAUGCCUUUCUCUUUCAUGUGAAUAAGAUUAACAUUUACAGUCAAUAAGAUAAAUUUUCUAUUUUUCCUUAGUUAAGCCUAGCUUAGAAUAUUUAUGGGUGUUGAUUUUAAUUAAUGGAAGACCCAUGGCAAUAAGUAUCUCUAUGUUCAGCUCAGAAAUGUCUGUGAAAGAAGAGAUAGAUUGACCAAGAGAUUAGUUUCUUAUUCAUUAGGUGACUUAUUUUACUCUGAUGCACGUACUAAAAUAAAGGUUAACAGGUCUGAAAAUUUCUGCCUCCCCACCUUGCUAAUUUAUACCUAGAUCUUGAUUUGCAUCUUGUUAUAUUUUAGGAAGUAUGAAAAGAUGCAUGGGGGGGCUGGGCUUCAUAGUAGGCUUGUGCUAGCUCAGCGGGUGUUUAAUAAUAAAAUCAAACUGAAGCCACGAGGUAAUAUGUCUUCAUUAUUGAUCAGCAACUAUUUCUGAGAAAGUUGAAAUCAUUUCUCAUUCAGAUUGAUGAAGAGUUUUCUGAAGGUGAGGGAAGAAAGUGAAAGUGAAAACUAUCAUCUUUUGUCUGUGGUAACUCAGUUUACUGGAAAUGGGAUGGAACAGAAAUUUCCAUGUGUGGUAAUGGGAAGUAAUUCAAGUUCACAUUCUGAAGAACUUAUUAUCCUGCACCAAGAACUACAUUUUUCUAAAGUUCUCUCCUCUUUUUUAUGCAGGCUCCAAGAAUGGAAUCCUUUCAAGAACUAGGGAGUUAGUUUGAAAUAUGGCCUUGUUUUCCUUCCACUCGAUGUGAAAUAGGAGCAGCUCUUAUAUUUUACUUUGAAGUAAAAUAGAAAACAAUAUUGGAGAAUGGAGAUAGAGAAUUUUGCAGGGCCUCAGGUUCAUCAUAGUCCAGGACAAGAGAGGUGAAAGCCCAGCCUCUGCGGUUCUUAAUGCCUCAGCAGGAUUAUUUUCACUAAAGAUGGAAACACUGGAGUCUGAAUUGACCUGUCCAAUCUGCCUAGAGUUGUUUGAAGACCCCCUUCUGCUCCCUUGUGCUCAUAGCCUCUGCUUCAGCUGUGCCCAUCGCAUCUUGGUCUCGAACUGCAGCUCUGGUGAAUCCAUUGAACCCAUUACUGCUUUUCAGUGUCCUACGUGUAGGUAUGUUAUCUCACUGAACCACCGCGGCCUGGAUGGCCUCAAGAGGAAUGUGACUCUGCAGAACAUUAUUGACCGCUUCCAGAAGGCUUCAGUCAGUGGGCCCAAUUCCCCAAGUGAGAGCCGCCGGGAGAGGACUUACAGGCCCAGCACCGCCAUGUCUAGUGAGCGUAUUGCUUGCCAAUUCUGUGAGCAGGACCCGCCAAGGGAUGCAGUGAAAACAUGCAUCACCUGUGAGGUCUCCUACUGUGACCGUUGCCUGCGGGCCACACACCCCAACAAGAAACCUUUCACCAGCCAUCGCCUGGUGGAACCAGUGCCAGACACACAUCUUCGAGGGAUCACCUGCCUGGACCAUGAGAAUGAGAAAGUGAACAUGUAUUGUGUAUCUGAUGACCAAUUGAUCUGUGCCUUAUGCAAACUGGUGGGGCGUCACCGAGACCAUCAGGUCGCAUCCCUGAAUGAUCGAUUUGAGAAACUCAAGCAAACUCUGGAGAUGAAUCUCACCAACCUGGUUAAGCGCAACAGUGAACUAGAAAAUCAAAUGGCUAAACUAAUACAGAUCUGCCAGCAGGUUGAGGUGAAUACUGCUAUGCAUGAGGCAAAACUUAUGGAAGAAUGUGACGAGUUGGUAGAGAUCAUCCAGCAGAGGAAGCAAAUGAUUGCUGUCAAAAUCAAAGAGACAAAGGUUAUGAAACUGAGAAAGUUGGCACAGCAGGUUGCUAAUUGCCGCCAGUGUCUUGAACGGUCAACAGUCCUCAUCAACCAAGCUGAGCAUAUCCUGAAAGAAAAUGACCAGGCACGGUUUCUCCAGUCUGCAAAAAAUAUUGCUGAGAGGGUCGCUAUGGCAACUGCAUCUUCUCAAGUUCUGAUUCCAGACAUCAAUUUUAAUGAUGCCUUUGAAAAUUUUGCUUUAGAUUUUUCCAGAGAAAAGAAACUGCUCGAGGGGCUAGAUUAUUUAACAGCCCCAAACCCACCAUCUAUCCGAGAGGAACUCUGUACUGCCUCCCAUGACACCAUUACGGUCCACUGGAUCUCAGAUGAUGAGUUCAGCAUCAGCUCCUAUGAGCUUCAGUACACCAUAUUCACUGGCCAGGCUAACUUCAUCAGUAAGUCAUGGUGUAGUUGGGGCCUGUGGCCAGAGAUAAGGAAAUGUAAGGAAGCAGUAAGCUGCUCAAGAUUGGCCGGGGCGCCACGAGGCCUGUAUAAUUCAGUGGAUAGCUGGAUGAUUGUGCCCAACAUUAAACAGAACCAUUACACAGUGCACGGACUCCAGAGUGGGACACGCUACAUCUUCAUUGUUAAAGCCAUAAACCAAGCAGGCAGCCGGAACAGUGAACCUACCCGACUGAAAACAAAUAGCCAACCCUUUAAACUGGAUCCCAAAAUGACUCACAAGAAGUUGAAGAUCUCCAAUGAUGGAUUGCAGAUGGAGAAGGAUGAGAGCUCUCUGAAGAAGAGCCAUACCCCAGAGAGGUUUAGUGGCACAGGGUGCUAUGGGGCAGCAGGAAAUAUAUUCAUUGACAGUGGCUGUCACUACUGGGAGGUAGUCAUGGGUUCCUCAACAUGGUAUGCAAUUGGCAUUGCCUACAAAUCAGCUCCCAAGAAUGAAUGGAUUGGCAAGAAUGCCUCCUCAUGGGUCUUCUCUCGAUGCAAUAGUAACUUCGUAGUAAGACAUAACAACAAGGAAAUGCUGGUGGAUGUGCCCCCACAGUUGAAGCGUCUGGGUGUCCUUCUGGAUUAUGACAACAACAUGUUGUCUUUCUAUGACCCAGCUAACUCUCUCCAUCUUCAUACUUUUGAUGUGACCUUCAUUCUUCCAGUUUGUCCAACAUUCACAAUCUGGAACAAAUCCCUAAUGAUCCUGUCUGGCUUGCCUGCCCCAGAUUUUAUUGAUUACCCUGAGCGGCAGGAAUGCAACUGCAGGCCUCAAGAAUCCCCUUAUGUUUCUGGGAUGAAAGCUUGCCAUUAAGUUUCAACAGAGCAUAUAAUUCACUGGCUCUCCAGUUCAGCAGUUUUUUCCCUCCUAAACCUCAGUUAGUGUCCAAUAUCCGAGAUACAAAAAUAAAGUUCAUUUGAAGCAUCCAAAAUAAUUAGAUAUUAUAGAUUUAAUUUUUGUGCAUUAAAGCUUGUAUUUGAGUUAA